AUGGAAGAUGAAUUAAUUAAGAAAGUGAAAAAUAUUUCACUUCAUGAAGAAAAUAAAAAUGUGUAUGAUGAGAAGAGAAGCUUGAAAAAAAAAAUAAGAGAUCUUGAAAAUAUGAUAAAUAAUACAAUUAUGGAUUUACAAACAGAAUUAUAUAAAUCUAAAGAAAAGGAAAAAGUUCAUGAAUAUGAUUUUAGUGAUAUAUUAAAAGAAUUUAAAGAUGAUGUAAAGAAAAAAAUGGAUGAAAUAAAUGAUAUAGUUGAAAAGAAAAUAGAAGAACAAAAUGUAAAACAUACGAAAUUAUUUAAUAUGUUGAUAUCUUUAAAAAAUGAAAACUCAUCAAUAAAUAAAUCUAUAUCUUUAUUAAAUGAAAAAAUACAUAUGAUACAAGAGGACAUUGGUGAUUAA